UAAUCACCACUUAGUUCAUAAACUAAUACAACUAAAUGUAUAGACAUAAUUAUAAAAGCCAGCCCAUUUCUAAGAAACUUCUCUCUCUCUUUCUCUGUAUGUCAACUUUCUCUUUCUCUUGUUCUUGAUUCUACUUUGUUUACAUAAUGGGAAACACAUCUUCAUGCGCUCCAUUGACCAUACCAUCAAACUCAUCAUCAGGAGUAGUCAAAAUCUUAGCUCCGUUCACCGGAACGCUCCAAGUCUUCUCAAAACCCAUCAAGACUUCCCAAAUCGUCUCUCAAAACUCAUGUCAAUUUAUAACCGACUCAGCUUUGCUCCAAAUAGGCCACCGAGUCACCGCCGUAUCUCCCGACGAGUUCUUGCGGCCGAGACGACAUCUAUACCUCCUACUUCCGACAGACAUGCUGUUCUCUGUCUUAACACACGAAGAGCUAGCUCUCAUCUCCGAGAAAGCAGCAGAGAUACUCAAUGAAAGCCGGUAUAACCAUUUGAAGAAGAUAUUCCGAAGAAGAAACUCAUCGUCGGUUAAUGAUGAUAAUCAACAAGAUCAUGAUCAUGGUGUGGAAAUAAAACAAACCCUAGAAGAGAAGGUACUAUACGAAUCCAAAUAUGGAUCUUGGAGACCUGGAUUGGAGACGAUCGUGGAGAGCUAAAUGGAUUGUUAAUUAUUUUUUUAAUGUAUUAUAUAAUAUCAAUCGAUCAUAGACGAGUAUUCUUUAAUUUGUUCUUUAUUUUUUUCUUGAUAAUUUUUGUCCGAGUUUUAAUGAGAAAUUGAGGCUUAAUUAUAUAUGCUGGUUCUGUUCACGAUAUCGGAUUUUAGUUGUAUUAAUAGGUUAACUGUACAUAUAAUAUCAGAG